UCUACACACUAUGACACUAUCACACUACGUCAUAAAGCAUUAGAUUAGGGCGACGACUUAGAAAAUACUUUGACACUUUCUAUAAUAAUUAUUGUUGGAUUUAUCACAUUGUGGCAAUUUCUAAAGCUAAAUAUUUGUGUGUUUCUUAAGUUUUACCCUUUUGUUGAUAUAAACAUUUUAUCAGGAUGUACCCCGUUGGUCAAGCUCCAGCGGGGGACACGAAUGCUGGUGCGGUGAGUGUUGCGGGGGCAGUGACCGCGGCUGCGAGCACGACUGGUGCUGCGCCCGGAGUCCCCAGCACUGCCCCCGCGGCCGGAGCGACCACACCUGGGGCAGCUGGUGCCGCGGGUGCCAUGAGCCUCGUGUCGCCUGCUGCACCGCUCGCAGAACUACCGACCCUCACAUGCCCGAGACGUCCCAACCUCGGCCAUGAGGGAAGGCCGAUUAUGCUACGGGCUAAUCAUUUUCAAAUAUCCAUGCCCAGAGGAUUUGUUCAUCAUUACGAUGUUAAUAUACAACCUGAUAAAUGCCCAAGAAAGGUCAAUAGAGAAAUUGUUGAAACUAUGGUUCAUUGUUACAAUAAAAUAUUUGGAGCACUCAAGCCUGUGUUUGAUGGCAGAAAUAAUCUUUACACAAGAGAUCCGCUGCCUAUAGGGAAUGACAAGGUUGAAUUGGAGGUUAUAUUGCCUGGUGAGGGAAAAGACAGAGUGUUCCGAGUCAGCAUCAAAUGGGUUGCACAGGUGUCACUGUUUGCUCUAGAAGAAGCUCUUGAAGGUCGAACAAGGCAGAUUCCUUAUGACGCCAUCUUAGCUUUGGAUGUAGUCAUGCGGCAUCUACCAUCUAUGAUGUAUACGCCAGUUGGCCGAUCAUUUUUCUCAUCUCCAGAAGGAUAUUACCAUCCACUUGGUGGAGGUAGAGAGGUUUGGUUUGGUUUCCACCAGUCUGUGAGGCCUAGCCAAUGGAAAAUGAUGCUUAACAUUGAUGUUUCUGCAACCGCCUUUUACAAAGCACAGCCAGUCAUAGAAUUUAUGUGUGAAGUACUUGACAUUCGAGAUAUUAAUGAUCAGAGAAAGCCAUUGACAGACUCGCAAAGAGUUAAAUUUACAAAAGAAAUCAAAGGACUCAAAAUAGAAAUCACUCAUUGUGGUACAAUGAAGAGGAAAUACAGGGUGUGUAAUGUGACCCGCAGACCUUCUCAGAUGCAAUCGUUUCCUCUUCAGCUAGAAAAUGGACAAACAGUGGAAUGUACUGUAGCCAAAUAUUUCUUGGAUAAGUACAAGAUGAAGUUACGGUAUCCACAUUUGCCAUGUUUACAAGUAGGUCAGGAGCACAAACACACAUACCUACCUCUGGAAGUAUGCAACAUAGUGCCGGGUCAGAGAUGUAUUAAAAAGCUGACUGACAUGCAAACAUCUACCAUGAUCAAAGCGACAGCGCGCUCCGCUCCCGAUAGGGAAAGAGAAAUCAACAACUUGGUGCGUCGUGCGAACUUCAACACAGAUCUGUACGUGAAGGAGUUUGGUCUAACGAUCUCAAACAACAUGAUGGAGGUCCGUGGUCGCGUGUUACCGCCGCCUAAACUACAGUAUGGAGGCCGUGUCUCGUCACUUGGAGGACAGCAAGCGUUGCCUAACCAAGGUGUGUGGGACAUGAGAGGCAAGCAGUUCUUCAUGGGGGUUGAGAUAAGAGUGUGGGCCAUUGCUUGCUUCGCGCCUCAAAGAACUGUUAGAGAAGAUGCCUUGAAAAACUUCACACAGCAGCUGCAGAAGAUAUCGAAUGACGCCGGCAUGCCUAUCAUCGGGCAGCCGUGCUUCUGCAAGUACGCGACAGGGCCGGACCAAGUGGAGCCCAUGUUCAAAUACCUUAAAAGCACCUUCGUACAGUUGCAGCUUGUUGUUGUUGUUCUACCGGGAAAAACGCCUGUCUAUGCUGAAGUGAAACGCGUAGGCGACACAGUACUCGGCAUGGCGACGCAAUGUGUUCAAGCGAAGAACGUGAACAAAACAUCUCCGCAGACGCUAAGCAAUUUGUGUCUAAAAAUCAACGUGAAGCUCGGCGGUAUCAACUCUAUUCUCGUGCCGUCGUUACGUCCUAAGGUAUUCAACGAGCCCGUAAUAUUCUUGGGCGUGGACGUAACGCACCCGCCGGCCGGCGACAACAAGAAGCCGUCUAUAGCCGCCGUCGUUGGUUCAAUGGACGCUCAUCCUUCACGUUACGCGGCCACUGUUCGCGUGCAGCAACACAGCGAGGGCAGGUGUGCGAGUUGCACCGACUCACCGUUAGGGUUCUAUAAGCAAGAGAUAGUUCACGAAAUGAGCAGCAUGGUGCAAGAGUUGUUGAUAAUGUUCUACAAGAGCACGGGCGGGUUUAAGCCGCAUCGCAUCAUUAUGUACCGCGACGGAAUAUCAGAAGGACAGUUUCUGCAUGUGUUGCAACAUGAACUUACCGCUGUCAGAGAAGCUUGUAUCAAGUUGGAAGCGGAAUACAAGCCGGGUAUCACGUUCAUCGUGGUACAGAAGCGGCACCACACGCGGCUGUUCUGCGCCGACAAGAAGGAGCAGUCGGGCAAGUCCGGCAACAUCCCCGCCGGCACUACCGUCGACCUCGGCAUCACGCACCCCACUGAGUUCGACUUCUAUCUUUGCAGUCAUCAGGGUAUACAGGGCACGUCGCGGCCGUCGCACUACCACGUGCUGUGGGACGACAACCACUUCGGGUCGGACGAGCUGCAGUGCCUGACGUACCAGCUGUGCCACACGUACGUGCGCUGCACGCGCUCGGUGUCGAUCCCCGCGCCCGCCUACUACGCGCACCUCGUGGCCUUCCGCGCGCGCUACCACCUCGUGGAGAAGGAGCACGACUCGGGCGAGGGCAGCCACCAGUCCGCCUGCAGCGAGGACCGCACGCCCAUCGCCAUGGCGCGCGCCAUCACCGUGCACGCCGUCACCAAGAAGGUCAUGUACUUCGCCUAACCGCCGCUACUCAGCCUGCCAGCCGAGGGGGCAGCUCGGUGCCAGUGUCGGCUCCGUAGGCGAUCGCCGGGUGGAUCCCACGUUUUCUAUUAUUAUAAAUGAUUCUGAUAGAUAGACCGGAACAAGUAAGUCUCAUAAAUCAUAUACAAAUAUUUGGUAUGAUUCCACUUCAACAGUAAUUUUCCGCGAAGCGCCGACAUUUUUCAGGCGUUUUUUUCGUGUUCUAACCGAUUUAUGCCGCUAUAGAAAUAAUGGGAUGCACCCCGACUGUGAGAGCGGGGCACGACGCCGUCCGGUCUCCUCGCUGUGAGAUAGAACUCCGCCUAUUUUCUGGUUGCUUAAAUCGAUGUCGAUGCCGACCGUUUUCUAUCAGGUUCUGUAUAGCCCCACGUGUUUCAUAUAGUCUAAUUUUAUAAUUGUUGUUAUGCUUUUACGAAGAUAGCUGUCCCAAUAUAAAAGACGUUUCACUUUUAUGAAAUUUUGGUAAUCGAAACGAAUACCGUUGACAAUUCUUUGAUGAUAUUAUUUUGAAUAUUCAGACAAAUGCAAUACUGAUUACCUCAUGCAUGUAUUGUGUAGUGUAGUAAUCCCUUUCUCUCGAAGACUACGUGUCAUGGAUAUUGACUAUCUUCUAAGAAGCAUUUUGUAGGAUUCAACUUUAGCUCUUUAAAUAAAAUAAAGAAGUGCGAUUAAUUUAAUAAGUGCAUGUUUUAUCGUCAUUUGAAACUAAAAAUGAAUUGUUAGUGACAGUGAUAUGCAAAGAAAUAUAUUUUAUUAAAUAUAUAAAUAAGAACAAUCAAGUGCUCAUAAACUAGUUGAAAAUACUUUCAGGCUUUAAAACGGACAGGCCAUGAAUCAUAUCUUAAUUUUUUAUGCAUAUUGACAUAAAGUUUAAAAAAUAGAAUAAUUACAUUCAUCACCUUCAUAUAUUCUGACACUUGAAUGAGGAUUAUUUCUGCUCAUCCUGGUCGAACGUGGGACAGCAGAUACCUGUUGAGUUCAUUAUAUUUUCAUUCAUUAUGAAAUAAAUAAAAUCAAAUAAAUGUCGUAUAUACUCAUCAUUUACAUUGGUAUCCGCUAUUAAUAAUUUAGUGAGAAAAUGUAUUGUGUUGCUUAUACUGCCUUUCCCUGUAUUAAUACGUAGCGCCCUCGCUCAAAUAGUCCUCAUUAGGUGCACAAUGCACACGUUUCUAUAAUAGUCAAAAUAAUCAUUACUUCGGACAAUUUACCAUAACAUGGAAAUAACUCGUGAGUGAUUAUUACGUGUUCAGCUUUUAUGAAUAUAAUAUUUAAUUUCUAUCUUAUUUCUACGUCUAUCCUUAUUCUAAUUAUAAUAUUUUGUAUUGCACACACCACACGUACUCCACACGGCCACAAAUACAUUAUGUAUAUAAAUACACAGUAUGAAGAUACAGCCAACAUUAUUAUCACUGUAAAGAAUGUUAUUUUUAUUUUAUAUUUUUAAGUUUAUUUUAAAAUAAGAAUUCUUUUAUAAUGUAUUUUUUAGCUUUAAGUUUUAUUUCAACUAAAAGUUGGGAAGAAGCUACGUUCUGACUUUAGGAGUUGGUGACAAAUGUUUUUUUUGUAAUUAAGUAGUGUGGAAGCAAAUAAACAAAUUUUUACCAGAAAUUCUA